AUGCGCCGGCUGGAGCAUGAAAAUCUCGAUAACGCCAAAUAUGACAAGGAUAAAGACAAUAACAACUCGAAAAGAAAGACAACUGGAUCAGAUAUCUGGAACCUUCUUCUACUAGCCAAGCCGGAGUCCAGGCUACUUGGGUAUGCGUUGACUAUGCUUGUGGUGACUUCUACUGUGACGAUGUCUCUUCCGUUGAUCGUGGGGAAGAUUAUAGAUAAUGCCAGGCCGUUGGAAGCAUUAUCCAUAGAAGAAAGAGUAGCCCAAGUUGGCAACAGCACCUUUAUUCUUGGGUUCACUGAAACACAGUUCUACAGUGCGGUAGCCGUUUUGUUUGCUAUUGGGGCGGUAUCGAACUUCGGAAGAAUGUACGUGUUGAGAAUGGCGGGUGAAAAGUUAGUUGCGAGGAUGAGGUCUCGGUUAUUCCUGAAGAUCUUAUCACAAGAUUCAUACUUUUUUGACGUUGGGCCCACAAAGAAGGGUAUGAAAGUUGGUGACUUAAUUUCCCGGAUUCUGAGUGAUACUCAAAUUAUUGCUAGAAGUUUGAGUGGGAACAUUUCUGACGGUGCCAGAGCCAUGAUCAGUGGAGCAGUAGGAAUAUCGAUGAUGUGCUAUGUGAGUUGGCAAUUGACCUUAUUCAUGAGCAUUUUCUUUCCUCCUCUUAUUGUAAUGACUUUUGUUUAUGGAGGUAGAAUGAAGCAGUUGGCCAGAAAGGUCCAGGAAAACUUGGGGGACUUAACCAAAGUCACGGAAGAGAAGUUAAAUGGGUUGAAAACCAUUCAGAGUUAUGCCAGGCAGAACUUGGUUGUCCAUGGUUACAACAAAGAAGUCAGAAACCUCUUUAACACCAGUAUGAGAGAGAACAAGUUGAGUGCCAUUUAUUUCAGCACAAAUUCACUCAUCGGUAAUAUGAUGAUCAUUGGGCUUUUGUUUGUUGGUACCCGGCUCAUAAGUUUGGGAAACCUCACCAUCGGAGACUUAUCGAGUUUCAUGAUGUAUGCCGCAUACACUGGAGGAUCUGUUUUUGGGUUGGGAAACUUCUACACUGAGCUAAUGAAAGCCAUCGGAGCAGCCGACCGGGUGUUUGAAUUAACGCGUCUGGAACCCAAGAUCAAAACCACCAUCGGCAAGAAAGUCGACGAUUUGGAAGGAGAUAUCGAAUUUAAGAAAAUAGAGUUCAGCUACCCGUCUCGGCCCAAGUCCAAGGUGUUUAGAAGUUCCAACCUCAACUUGACCAUUAAAAAGGGAGAGAAUGUGUGUUUUGUAGGACCCAGUGGCAGUGGAAAAUCUACUAUUGCCCAGCUUCUCCUUCGGUUCUACGACCCCAAUAAAGGUUCUAUCCUCAUCAACGGCCAUGAUAUCAAGGAUUUGAAUUUAAACUUUUACCGGUCCAAAAUCGGGUAUGUGCAACAAGAACCGCUUUUGUUCAGUGGAACCUUACGAGAAAAUAUCACGUUUGGCAAGGAUCACUGCACGGAACAAGAGAUUGAAACCGCCAUCCGACUCAGUAACGCUUAUGGUUUCAUCAACAUGUUCCCCAAAGGCUUGGACACGUUGGUGGGCCCUUCGAGCAGUGGAGCCCAGUUGAGUGGAGGCCAGAAGCAGCGGAUCUCACUUGCACGGACCUUAAUCAAAAACCCCCAUAUCUUGGUUUUAGAUGAAGCUACUUCUGCCUUGGACUCAAUUCUGGAAGAGUUGGUAAUGCGAAACCUUAAGAGAGUUACAGCUGAAAACGGCUAUACAAUGAUCCUGAUUGCUCAUCGGUUAUCAACCAUCAAGAACAGUGAUCGGAUCAUUGUUCUUAGUGAACAGGGCGAAAUCGUUGAAGACGGCCCCUUCACACAGCUUUACCAGGACAAGCAGAGCCGGUUCAACGAGCUUCUCCGGAAACACGACCAUGACCUCACUGAGGUGUUUGAGUCGUAG